AGACUCCGCUCGCCCUCACAACGAUCACCAUCGCAAAGCUGCCGACUACCUAACAUCGCCUGACACCUCCCGGCCCAAGCAGAGCACCUCACAGAAUACUCUGAACCCUCCCCUCCACACAAGCCGUCAUAUCACCAUGGCCCCCAUCGCCACUGCUGAACCAGCUCAGGACGUCGCUGCAAGUGCAGCAGCCAAGCUGAGCCAGCUCGGUCUGGACGAUCCCAAGUAUCGUCAGUACUCACAGUUCGAACAUCAUGAUAAGUCCUACUUGAAGUCGGACGAUGGCUACAAAUACAACGACUUCAAGCCAACGUUUCCCAGCAAAGACUGGGCCGCGCUCGAGCCACACACGCCUGCUCGCGACCGUGGACUGUUCGCUGACAAGGAGAAGAAGGCCUUGUUCGGCGCUGCUAAGGAGGUACGCAACAUCACAAAGACCAUCGGUACCGAACUGGUCGGUGUUAAGCUUAACUCCUUGAACGACCAGCAAAGGGACGAGCUCGCUUUGCUCAUCGCCGAGCGAGGCGUGGUCUUCUUCCGCGACCAGGAGGACUGGACCAUCGAGCAGCAACUCGAGUUCGGCCGCUACUACGGAAAGCUUCACAAGCAUGCGACCACCGGUGUGCCUGCUCGUGGAGACCUCGACGAGGUCCACGUGGUUUACAGUCACCCAGACGACAACAAGAGCGAGAAGGUGUACAGCGGCCCACUGUCGCACUCCACUGAAAGACUUUGGCACAGCGAUGUCACGUACGAGCUCAAUCCACCUUCAUACACCAGCUUCAAACUGUACAGCUCCCCCGAGGCUGGCGGUGACACUUUGUGGUCCAAUCAAUAUGCAGCGUACGACAGGCUGUCGUACCCUAUGCGCCAGUACCUGGAGCAGCUUUCCGCAGUCCACUCUGCCGUCGAGCAGGCGGAAGGUGCGAAGAAGGGCGGCAACUACGUCCGUCGCGAGCCGAUCCAGACCACUCAUCCUCUCGUUCGCGUCCACCCCGUGACUGGCUGGAAGUCCCUGUUCUUCAACGCCGGAUUUGUGCGCUACAUCGUCGGCGUGCCCCAAGCCGAGUCCGAAUGGUUGGUCGCUUUCUUGACUCGUCACGUGGCGACCGCGUCGGACUUUAUGGUGCGCUUCAAGUACAACGAGAACGACGUUGCUUUCUGGGACAACCGCGUUUGCGACCACAGCGCCGUCUUUGAGGACAUCAACGUCAGUCGCCGUCAUGCGCUUCGUGUCGCUGCGACCGGAGAGCAGCCCAUUUCUGUCUCCCAAUUCCCCCACGCAAAGUCUCGCGAGGAGGAAAUCUAUAGGGCUAGAGGUUACAAGAUUCAACCCUCUCUCAGCGCAGUCCAGGCUGUUGGUUACAAAGACUGAGAGUGGGCUUCUUUGUGCAUUGAACUUCUCGCAGCCUCCACUAUCCACGUAAUGCAAACGAAUGUAAUCACUGUAUACGACGCU